AUGUCGAUAAAAAGGUUCUACUACGUCGUCCAGAUGCCAGAUAACGACGUACUCCCCACCAAAGAGUUCAAGGUCUACUGGAAUGUCCCCACCAUGCAGUGCAAGUCCAAACGCAUCUACUUCGAGGACCUGUACCAAAAGUACGGGAUUAUCCAGAACACCGGCGAUACAUUCCGAGGGGACAAAAUCUCCAUACUUUAUGAUCCGGGGGACUUUCCUGCGCUUUUGAGGAAUAGCACCAGUGGGGAGUUGAAGUAUAGGAAUGGGGGAGUUCCACAGGAAGGGGAUUUGAUUAAACAUCUGGAUACGUUUCAGAAGGUUCUGGAACAAAGUGUGCCGGAUAAGGAUUUUAAUGGCGUUGGCAUAAUAGACUUCGAGUCGUGGAAGCCGGUGCUCCGUCAGAACUUCGGCAUCCUGACUCCUUACAAGGACGUCUCCUACGAGAUCGAGAAGAAACGCCACUGGUGGUGGAAGAAGCAGUGGAUUGAGGAAGAGGCCAAACGUCGUUUCGAAGGGGCCGGCCGCGAGUUCAUGCAAGCCACCAUCUCUCUAGCUAAGAAGAUGCGGCCCCAAGCUCUAUGGGGCUACUAUGGGUACCCAUACUGCUUCAACAUGGCCUAUAACAAUAGGAAAGAGACCUGUGCUGAUAAAGUACCUCAGGAGAAUGAUCGUAUAAGCUGGCUCUGGGAAGAAAGCACAGGGCUAUACCCAUCAGUGUACAGCAGCGAUGACAUCAGCGCGGCGCAGCUCGCGGCGCUCGUGCGCGGGCGCGUGCGCGAGGCGGCGCGCGUGGCCGCGGGAGGAGCCACUAUACUACCGUACUUCUGGUACCGGUAUAGGGAUAAGGGGUAUUUUAAUGAGAGUGACCUGGACACAGCAUUCAGCACAUUCUACAAAUCCAACGCUUCAGGCUUCAUCAUCUGGGGAAGUUCCAACGACGUCAACACUGUUGAAAAAUGUAAAAACCUGAAAGCCUACGUCACUGAUGUACUAGGCCCAGCUGUAGCCAAAUACACUAAACCUAUUAUAAGACUCGAAGAUAACCCUGAUGAAUCGUACAACGUUAUUUAUAGGCCAAGCAAUGCAUCCAAAUACGACCCAGAGUAUACUUGGAUACCACCUGCAAACUACACGCAAAGUGUUGAAAAAAUGGUAGAAAAAGAAUUAAAGGAAGAAGCAGAGGCAGCGAAAAUACAUAAAGAUAAAGAUAAAACAGAAAGUAUUCUAGUUGAUAUAAUUUUACAUAAGAUAGCUAAUUACUGUGCUGAAGGCUGUGAUAAUAAGAGUAAAGUGCAAAGGACUGAUGAAGAAGACGUUAAUAUAAAUGAAUCUAGAGUAGUUUUAGUUACUGACGAUCCUUUUAAGAAAACUUCCACUGCCGUUGGAGUUACUGCGCCAUCAAUAACAGAAGAAGAUAUUUACGAUUACGACACAAGUGCAGGGGACGUAACUGUAGGACAAUUGUAUGUAACUGAAUACACUGAUAUAAGUACAACCACUAAAAGUAUUGAGAAUACUACAUUAAGUACAAGUACAGAAUUAAGUAGUAAUAUAAGCUUAAGUAAUGAAGAAAGUGGUACAUUGAGUACUACAGAACCCAUUAAAAUGGAAUCACAAGAAACUAAUAUAAAAGAUUUAAGUACAGAACCAUACAGUUCUACUGAAGCAAGUACCACUGAAAGUAGUUCAGCCACAAGUACUACUGAACCUAGCAUAGAAGACAUACGUACUAGUUAUAGAACUACAAGUCUUAAACCAGAAGAGACGAGUACUGCAUUUAGUAAUGAUGAUAACAUACUUGAAAGCAGUAUAAAUUUCAAUUCAGUAGAAACUGAAUUUGAAGUAGUUGAUGGAACUAGUACAUUCAAUCCUAGUACAGUAGAAAGUACUACAGUUGAUGUGAAUAGUAAUACAAGUGAUAGCAGUACAACGAUGGUGCCGAUGAUCACAGAACAGGUGUUGGGGUCUGUGUCCAGAGCGAUCAUCAGUAAGCCGCUCGCGUGUUCUCUGUUCUAUUUCUACUCUAUCACCAAAUGUCUCUGCGUCUUGCUUGGAACUUGCUAA